CGCGUACAGAGGCGUUCUCCUACGCGUCCGUCAAGAGGAAAUCAGUCGGGAGCUUUUCUGCCUUUCUUUACGUUUUGUUGUUGACUUCGGUUUAUUGACUGGUACGAGUUUUGAUCGACGCGCAAAAAAAGAAAGGGCUCUGUCUUUUUUGUUUUCGUGUAGCGAGUGAGUUUUUUUUUGUGGGGGGAGUAGGGGGAGGCUCUGUUUCUCUCUCUCUCUCUCUGUUCUCCAUUGCGCAUGUUCUCUCUGUCUCUUCUCUACCAUCACAACUGCGCCCGAGUCACAACAAUCAACCAAAAUAAAUAUAAAUAUAUUUUUCCUAUUAAAUACCUCUGUAUAUCAUAACCGAAGCUUAGAAACAGGACCACAGAGUUCAGUAUAGUGUCCUGUGUUUGUUUCGCGUUGUGUGUAAUUAAAAAAAAAAUAGUGCUUGGCUAAUACACUUAGUUAGCUAAAUUUUCGGAUUUAAAAAUAAAGUAAAAUAAAAAUGGACGAACACACAUACAAUUGGAGAGCUUUUCGUCUCAACCAAUGAAUAUAACAUUAUAUAUUAUACAUAUAUAUAUAUAUGCUCUGUUGGUUUAUUUUUCUCCACGUAACUAUAGCUAGCAGCUAGCAUUGGUGUCCAAAAUCGCUGUUUAGAGCUCGCUUAGCCCAGCUAGUUUAUUAUUAGCCAGCUAGCACGAGCCCGUGGUGGAAUUUUUAUCGAUUGGACAGCGUGUUUUUUUUUUUUUAAUUAUUAUUUAAUUUUGAUUUUAUUAUUUUUUAAAACUCCACUAGGACAAAACUGAGAGAUGUAUUUGUCAUUUCGACGGCUUCAGGAUUAAGGUCUUUAAGUGGAAGUGAAGUGGGGAGUGUGUGAAAGGCGGCCAACGUCAUCAGGCGGCGUUAUAACGUUUACAGUUAGCAUAACACUCGGGAGUUAGCAUAGCAUAGCAUAGCAUAAGCGUUGGCACGGUACAGGCAGAAGCAUAGCAACAGCAACCGCGCGCGAGUGAGUAGCGAUCCGGAGAUGCCAUGGUGGCUCUAGCUCGCCGCUUUGACCGUGUGGCAGAGCUCCUGCUUGCCGCUGGCUCGUCUUGUGUGAAGCUCGCCGGGCCGGUGGCCGCUGCUCCUGCGUGGAUGAAGCAGUAAGGGGAUCGGAGCUGUUCCCUGGCUCAGCUGAAACGCCAUGCAGGCGGCCCAGUGCCAGUACGAUUUCUACAGCGAGGAGAACGCGCCCAAAUGGAAGGGACUGCUGGUGCCGUCCCUCAGCAAGGUGCUAAGUCAGGUACACCCCAAGCUGUCGUCUCAGGAUGAGGCUCUGCAGUACAUCGAGGAGCUGAUUCUGCUGCUACUGAGCAUGCUCUGUCAGGCCCAACCUCGCACCGUGCAGGAUGUGGAGGAGCGAGUCCAGAAGAGUUUCCCUCACCCCAUCGAUAAGUGGGCCAUCGCGGACGCCCAGGCGGCCAUUGAGAAGAGGAAGAGGAGGAACCCUCUCGCUCUGCCUGUGGAUAAGAUUCACCCACUUCUGAAGGAGGUACUAGGCUACAAAAUAGACCACCAGGUGUCCGUGUACAUCGUGGCGGUGUUGGAAUACAUCUCAGCGGACAUCCUGAAGCUGGCUGGAAACUACGUACGAAACAUACGGCACUAUGAGAUCUCGCAACAAGACAUCAGUGUGGCCAUGUGCGCUGAUAAGGUGUUGAUGGACAUGUUCCAUCAGGACGAGGAGGACAUCAGCGGCUUCCCCCUCAUGGACGAGGAGCCAUCGGCGUCCGAGGCGCAGACCUACUACGACCUGGUGAAAGCGUUCAUGGCCGAGGUGCGUCAGUACCUGAGAGACCUGAACCUCAUCAUCAAGGUGUUCCGCGAGCCGUUCGCCACCAACACCAAGCUCUUCUCGCACCACGAUGUGGAGAACAUCUUCAGUCGUAUAGUGGACAUCCACGAGGUGACACUGAAGCUGCUCGGGCUCAUCGAGGACACGGUGGAGAUGACGGACGAGGGAAGCCCUCACCCUCUGGUGGGCCGCUGCUUCGAGGACUUGGCCGAGGAGCUGGCCUUUGACCCCUACGAGACGUACGCUCAGGACAUCCUACGGCCCGGAUUCCAUGACCACUUCCUCAGCCAGCUCUCCAAACCCGGUGCAGCCUUCUACCUCCAGUCGAUAUGUGAAGGCUUCAAAGAGGCCGUGCAGUACGUAUUACCUCGGCUGCUCCUGACCCCAGUUUACCACUGCCUCCACCACUUCGAGUUCUUAAAGCAACUGGAGGAGAAAAGUGAGGAUGAGGACGAUAAGGAACGUCUGAAGCAGGCCAUCACUGCGCUCCUCAACCUUCAGAGCAGCAUGGAGAGGAUCUGCUCCAAAAGCCUGGCCAAGAGAAGACUCAGCGAGUCGGCCUGCCGCUUCUACAGUCAGCAGAUGAAGGGCAAGCACCUGGCCAUCAAGAAGAUGAACGAGAUCCAGAGGAACAUCGACGGCUGGGAGGGCAAAGACAUCGGGCAGUGCUGCAACGAGUUUAUAAUGGAGGGCACGUUGACGCGGGUGGGCGCCAAGCACGAGCGCCACAUCUUCCUCUUCGACGGCCUGAUGAUCUGCUGCAAGUCCAAUCACGGACAGCCACGCCUACCAGGGGCCAGUGCUGCCGAAUACAGGUUGAAAGAAAAGUUCUUCAUGCGCAAGGUCCAAAUCAACGACAAGGACGACAAGGAGGGUGAGUAUCGCCAUGCCUUUGAGCUCAUCCUGAAGGACGGCAACAGCGUGGUGUUCGCUGCCAAGUCUGCCGAGGAGAAGAACGGUUGGAUGGCGGCGCUGAUUUCUCUUCAGUACCGAUCUACCCUGGAGCGCAUGCUCGACACGGCCAUGUUGCAAGAGGAGAAAGAGGAGCAGAUGAGGCUUCCCAGUGCCGAGAUCUACCGCUUUGCAGAGCCCGACUCCGAGGAGAACGUGGUGUUCGAGGAGAACGUGCAGUCCCAGUCUGGCAUCCCGAUAAUCAAGGCAGGCACGGUGCUGAAGCUCAUCGAGAGGCUUACCUUCCACAUGUAUGCAGAUCCCAACUUUGUACGGACGUUCCUCACCACCUACCGGUCGUUCUGUAAACCGCAACAGCUGCUGGACCUGCUGAUCGAGAGGUUUGACAUUCCGGAGCCCAAACCCACAGAGGCGGAUCAGAUGGCCAUGGAGAACGGAGAUCAGCCGCUCAGCGCCGAGCUCAAACGCUUCCGCAAGGAAUACGUCCAGCCAGUGCAGCUCAGGGUGCUGAACGUGUGCCGGCACUGGGUGGAGCACCACUUCUACGACUUUGAGAGGGACGCUCAGCUACUCUGCCAGCUGGAGGAGUUCAUCGGAACAGUCCGAGGGAAAGCGAUGAGGAAGUGGGUGGAGUCCAUCACUAAGAUCAUCCAGAGGAAGAAGCAGGCGCAGGCUAACGGCCCGAGCCACAACAUCACCUUCGAGAGUUUACCUCCGCCCAUCGAGUGGCACAUCAGCAAACCGUGCCAGACCGAGCAGUUCGACCUGAUGACCCUUCACCCCAUCGAGAUCGCUCGCCAGCUCACGCUGCUCGAGUCCGACUUCUACAGGGCGGUUCAGCCGUCAGAGCUGGUGGGCAGCGUGUGGACGAAAGAGGACAAAGAACUGAACUCGCCCAACCUUCUGCGUAUGAUCCGCCACACCACCAAUCUCACCCUCUGGUUCGAGAAGUGUAUCGUGGAAACGGAGAACCUGGAGGAGCGCGUAGCCGUGGUGUCCCGCAUCAUCGAGAUCCUGCAGGUCUUCCAGGAGCUCAAUAACUUUAACGGCGUCCUCGAGGUGGUCAGCGCUAUGAACUCUUCUCCAGUGUACCGGCUCGACCACACCUUCGAGCAAAUCCCGAGCCGACAGAGGAAGAUCCUAGAGGAGGCCCAUGAGCUCAGUGAGGACCAUUAUAAGAAGUAUUUGGCCAAACUCAGGUCCAUUAACCCACCAUGUGUGCCCUUCUUUGGUAUAUAUUUAACAAAUAUCCUGAAAACGGAGGAAGGCAACCCUGACUUCCUGAAGAGACACGGGAAAGAGCUGAUUAACUUCAGUAAGCGGCGGAAAGUAGCAGAGAUCACCGGAGAGAUCCAGCAGUACCAGAACCAGCCUUACUGCCUGCGGUCGGAGGCCGACAUACGGAAAUUCUUCGAGAACCUGAACCCGAUGGAGGACAUGAUGGAGAAGGAGUUUACAGACCACCUUUUCAACAAGUCUUUAGAGAUCGAGCCUCGCAACGCACGUUCCCUGCCUCGAUUCCCUAAGAAGUACAGCUGCCCGCUGAAAUCUCCGGGCGUGCGACCGUCCUCGAGUCGCCCCGGGACCAUGCGCCACCCGACGCCGCUGCAGAACGAGCCGAGAAAGAUCAGCUACAGUCGCAUUCCGGACAGCGAGACGGAGAGCUGCGCGGCGUCGGCGCCCAACUCGCCCCGAACGCCCCUCACGCCCCCACCCGCCUCCGCAGCCUCCAGUUCCACAGAUAUCUGCAGUGUGUUCGACUCUCCGCAGGGUCCCUCCAGCCCCUUCCACUCCAGGUCAUCAUCCGUGUCUUCAAUGGUGAGUUUCCACAGGAGUACAGACGACCCCCCUGUCCCUCCUCCUGUCCCACCACGACGGCGUCCUGAAUCCGCUCCUGCCGAGUCCUCGCCUUCCAAGAUGAUGUCGAAACACAUGGACAGUCCCCCGGCCAUCCCGCCGAGGCAACCCACCGGUAAGCUGCACGCGAUGCGCUACUCGGUGCCGGACGCUCCCUCCAGCCCGCCCUCGCUGCCUCCCCGCGAGCCCUUGCGCACUCCCGACGUGUUCUCCAGCUCGCCUCUGCUCCUCCAGCCUCCUCCCCAGGGCCGGCGCGCCGAGCAAAGCCACUUUUUUCCCUCGUCCCCAUCACCGUCGCCGUUGGGACCCCGAAAACUCCCGGCCUCUUCUCCGGCGCUGCACCUGCUCGAGUGUGACGGCGCCGCCGGACCCCCGCUGCCCCCCCGGCACAGCACGGCCAUCCCUAAACUGCCCCCGAAAACAUAUAAAAGGGAGCGGGAAGGUCCGCCACUUCUCGAGAACGCCAACCCUUCCUAAAGAGGAAACACUAAAGACUGCAGAUGAGAAGUGUGAGAUAUAUACAUACAGAAUAAUGACUUUUUCCAAAAAAAAAAACAACAAAAAAAAAACAAAAAAAAAAAAUACAGCUGUUGGAUGAAAUGCCAGUGUUGGAAUUUGGAGGAGGGGAAAAGAAAAGAAAAAAAAAGACAAACAGGAAAUGAAAAAUGUGCCCUUAAACCGUUCAGAUUGUGUUUUCACUUGGUUUAAGAUCAGCCUGCCCUCCUGCAGCAGGUUGUCUCUCUGUAUAUUUUUGGGUUUUUUUUUUUUUUUUUUUUGCUUUGUCUUUUUGAAAGCUGGUAUGUUUGUGUGUGUGGUUUUGUUUUUGUUUUUGUUUUUUGUCCUUGUCUGAUUGUUCAUUUCAUUUUGCAGUUUUUUUUGGGGGUUUUUUUUGUAUGUUGCUUAUUUUCAGCCAUGAGCUCAUCUGCCUUUCCUCCUUUCCUCCACAGCAGCUGCAGUCAGGACCAGAUUAAAAAUAAUAAUAAUAAAAUACAUACGCAAAUCAUUAACAUUAAUGCUGGACAGCGAGAGACUAUAGAGCAGUUUGAACCAGCUCCUAAAUAAAUCAAAUCAACAAAGCACGGUUUCUCCUCUUCACAGACGUCACGUGCCUGCCUCGUCCAUGCCGACAGGUAGGACUCGACCCGUAGGACUCCUUCUGCCUCAGCCUUUGACGUAACCACACCUCAUUACGUUUAAAAAAAAAAAACACAAAAAAAAAAAACAAAAGGGACUGGGAGAUGCAAGCUGCGUUCGUGUUUAACCCCCACGGGGAGAGGUCUGCGUGCCAGUAGUCUCAAGUCUCAAGAGUACCACAAGUCAAAGGUACCCUCCCACAACCAAAGAGGUACUUUCAUGCAUUCAAGAAACACGAAGAAAAAAAAAAAAAAAAAGAAGUGAUUGUCCUUUGUGUUAGAACUUUUAUUUUCUGAAUCAUUUGUUUUUGCCAAUAAGUAUGUAAAGAAGAAAAAAAAACAAACCGAUUGCCUUCUUAAAACAAGGGAAUAAAAGUGUUUCUACCACUGUGUGCUGGGAAAGUCAAUGUGAGUCACGAGAGAGAAUUCGUAAAUAAAUAAAUAACUAUAGGCACAAAGAAACCUCUGGAAGAAAA